UUGAAGAUAUUCAUUUCUGUACACUCAAUUGCACCACUAAUAUAAGUCCUUCCCCAUUGUAAUUUUUUCUAGCUUCAAAAUACUUGCACUCUAUUUGCUUGCUCUGCCACUGCAACUUCGAGUACAACACUGCAAUGGCUGCCUCAGUCUCCACGGUUGGAGCUGUCAACGGAGCCCCACUGAGCUUAAAUAGCUCUGGAGCUGGAGCUUCAGUUCCCAGUUCAGCCUUCUUUGGCAGCAGCUUGAAGAAGGUUAUUGCCUCAAGGGUCCCUAGCAGCAAGGUUUCUUCCUCUGGAAAUUUCAAAAUUGUUGCUGCUGACAAAGAGAUUGAGGAGACUCAGCAGACUGAUAAGGACAGAUGGAAGGGUCUUGCCUAUGAUAUUUCAGAUGACCAGCAAGACAUUACAAGGGGGAAGGGUAUGGUUGAUUCCCUCUUCCAAGCUCCAAUGGAAACUGGAACUCACUAUGCAAUCAUGAGCUCUUAUGAGUACCUUAGUACGGGACUUAAACAGUACAACUUGGAUAACAACAUGGAUGGAUUUUACAUUGCUCCUGCUUUUAUGGACAAGCUUGUUGUUCACAUCACCAAGAACUUCAUGACCCUGCCCAACAUCAAGAUUCCUCUUAUUCUUGGUAUCUGGGGAGGCAAAGGUCAAGGAAAAUCCUUCCAAUGCGAGCUUGUCUUUGCCAAGAUGGGAAUCAACCCUAUCAUGAUGAGUGCUGGAGAAUUGGAAAGUGGAAAUGCAGGAGAGCCAGCAAAGUUGAUCAGGCAAAGGUACCGUGAAGCUGCUGACAUAAUCAAGAAGGGGAAGAUGUGCUGUCUCUUCAUCAAUGAUCUUGACGCAGGAGCUGGUCGUCUUGGUGGAACCACUCAAUACACUGUGAACAACCAGAUGGUGAAUGCCACCCUCAUGAACAUCGCUGAUAACCCCACAAAUGUUCAGCUCCCUGGUAUGUACAACAAGGAAGACAACCCCCGUGUGCCCAUCAUUGUCACUGGUAACGAUUUCUCAACACUCUAUGCUCCUCUCAUCCGUGAUGGACGUAUGGAGAAGUUCUACUGGGCACCUACAAGGGACGACCGAAUUGGUGUCUGCAAAGGAAUUUUCCGCAGUGACAAUGUUCCUGGUGAUGACAUUGUCAAGCUUGUUGACACCUUCCCUGGCCAAUCCAUUGAUUUCUUUGGUGCACUGAGGGCUAGAGUAUACGAUGAUGAAGUAAGGAAGUGGAUUAGUGGUGUUGGUGUUGAUUUGAUUGGGAAGAAGCUUGUGAACUCAAAGGAAGGACCUCCAACCUUUGACCAGCCCAAGAUGACUUUGGCUAAGCUCUUGGAGUAUGGUAACAUGCUUGUCCAAGAACAAGAGAAUGUGAAGAGAGUCCAGCUGGCAGACAAGUACUUGAGCGAGGCUGCUCUUGGUGAUGCUAAUCAAGAUGCCAUUAAGAGUGGAUCAUUCUACGGCAAAGCAGCCCAGCAAGUAAAUAUUCCCGUUCCUGAAGGUUGUACUGAUCCAAAUGCCAAAAACUUCGACCCAACUGCAAGAAGUGAUGAUGGAACCUGCCUAUACAGUUUCUAAGAACCUAAUCAUUCUCCACUUCAGGAGAAGCUUAGACUUGCGAGAUUCAAAUAAUUUAUCUUGUUCAUACUGGAUUGUUAUCCUUUAUAAUUUUGAGGUACAUUGUCUACAUUUUACAAUGUAGACUAAUAAGUCUUGAUGCAUUUUUCUUUUAGACUGUGCAUUGUUGCUUUUCUACAUUUUGUUUUUUGUUUGACACGAUGUUAAUAUUAUCCUAUCUACUAUCUAGUCAUUUUAAUCU